AUCUAAUAUAAUCACAGAAAGGUGGCAAUACUCAUAGAAUCCAGUCGGCAGUUCCCAAAGACCAACUCAACGUUUUCUGUAACAGACCGAGAGAUGGAGAGAAACUCUCUGCUCAUUUGCUGUGGUGUUGUUUUCUUUGGGCUCUUCUCAGCUGCCACAGGUUUCGCUGCUGAGGCCACCCGGAUAAAGGGUUCCUCAGUGCAGUUGGUAGCACCUACACAAUGCGCUUAUCCCCAAAGCCCUGCUCUGGCUCUCGGUUUAACAGCUGCGGUGGCUCUUGUGAUAGCUCAGAUAAUUAUUAAUGUGGGAAUUGGGUGUACUUACUGCAACCAGAGUCCUCAUCUCUCCAGCUCUAAUUGGACAAUAGCAGUUGGUUGUCUGGUCGGCUCCUGGUUCACAUUUGCUGUAGCAUUUUUCUUGCUGCUGACAGCAGCUGCCAUGAAUAAGAGACACGGUGCGUUUAGCACUGACUUUGGGAGCUACUACUGCUACGUUGUAAAACCUGGAGUCUUUGCUGGAGGGGCUGCCCUGUCCAUAGUCAGCGUCACCCUUGGAAUGCUGUAUUAUCUCACUUUGAUUUCACCGUCGGACAAUGAUGCAGCAGCUCUUCAUCAAGAAGGCAUAACUCCGGGACAAUCUAAACUGCCAAUACAGAGAAGUCAAGGUCCUGUUUUCGUGCAUGAAGAUACUUACAGGAGACGACAGUUCGCCUGAAACAGAAGAAGUGCUGCAUGCAGUUUUUUCCAUUUGAGAAAACAGAGGAGAUUGCCUGCUUUUUACCGAUUAUCUAGUACUAGUUGACGAUUGAUUAUAACUACUCUAGACGUUUCUCGUCGGUGGAAAAAACCUUCUGGUAACAGCUGGGAGAGUUAGGUAGGUUGCAGGAGCCAGCAGAGGAUGUUGCUGGCUCCAUGGUUGGACGAGGUGGUUAGGUUGAGCCAGCUUAACCAUGUAUCUGAUCCAGACCCAAAUGAAUACCUAUGUAACCACUGGGACGAAUAUCAAAAAACGGGUGUUAACUAAGUUAUCAGACUCCAAAGGCAGGAGUUUCUCUCUCU